CGUGAAACUCGGGGAAACACCCAAUGUGCGUUAUAAAUGCCUGUCCUUGCAUUUCGUGAAAUUAAUACGUAGUAGCAACAUGUUGGGCGAUUUUGACGAGUUUUUCGUAUUUUGGACCGUUUUAUUGGUCGUUUUUUUGUGUCAGAAGUAUUAUUUUCAAAAUUCGGGCGUAAUAAAAGUGAAUGAUCAAAUUGUACCGAAAAGCGUCAAUUAUCAUUUUACGAGACAGUGCAAUUACGAGUGCGGUUUUUGCUUCCAUACGGCCAAAACGUCCUUUGUUUUGGAUUUGGACGUUGCCAAAAAGGGGCUAAGGAUGCUCAAGGAGGCUGGAAUGGAAAAAAUCAAUUUUAGUGGCGGGGAACCUUUUAUUGUGAAACGCGGGCGAUAUUUGGGCGAAAUGGUCAAAUUUUGCAAAAUGGCUCUGAAACUACCAUCGGUUUCCAUAGUUUCAAAUGGGUCGCUAAUCACCGAAAAAUGGUUUCAAAGUUAUGGAAAAUACGUCGACAUUAUGGCCGUUUCGUGCGACUCUUUUAAUGAGGAAACCAACAAGCUCAUUGGUCGUGGACAAGGGAGCAAAAACCACUUGGAGCAAAUCCUAAAAGUGCGCAACUGGUGCGAAAAAUACAACGUUUUGUUCAAAUUAAACACAGUCGUUAACACUUACAACCAAAACGAAGACAUGUGUGAACAAGUCAGCCGAAUAAACCCAAUCCGCUGGAAAGUGUUUCAAUGUUUGUUGCUCGAGGGCGAAAACGCCGGUCCUGAAGCUUUGCGAAACGCCGAACGCUUUUACAUCGACGAUGCAACUUUCGAAAGCUUUCUCCAAAGACAUGAAAGCAUCAAAAGUUUGGUUCCGGAAUCGAACACCAAGAUGCAGAAUAGUUAUUUAAUCCUUGACGAAUACAUGCGGUUUUUGGACUGUACGAGUGGCUCAAAAGUGCCCUCGAAGUCAAUUCUGGACAUUGGGGUUGAAAAUGCGCUCAAAUUUUCCGGCUUUGAUGAAGACAUGUUCAAGAAGAGGGGAGGCUUUUACAAGUGGUCCAAGGAGGCCGAGAGGCUGUCCUGGUAGUUUUUGCAUAAUUUUCAGUGAUGCCAACAGUGAAGUAUUAAUACGUUUAAUAGUUUGUAUCCAGUUUAACUUUUUUAUAAUAAUUAAUUUGUUUUGGAGAAAUAAACCUUACUUAAGUUCAAA